CCCGACGGAAGAAAAAACACACAGAAACGGAGAGCAAGCAGCUCCCUCAGCUUCUGCGCUCAAACCCAUCCAAGCUGCUCCACCCCCUUCUUGGAAUCCCGGAGCUCGCCGGCCGCCGGAUCGAUCGGGCGCGGACUUCCAUGAAAGGGGCGAGGUUCUCGGCCCAAACCCGAUCCUCGCGGCGUCCCGGGACUACGGGUCUCGCUGCUGGCGGGAGGCUCUGAUUUUUUUUCUUUCCUACCUUUGGUCGUUUUAUCUUGGUUUAGUUCUUGGAGUGGAACUGGGGAGCUAAGGCAGAAGAUAUGGCCAAGUUUUGCUGCUUCGGCUCAGGGGCGGCAGGGCGUGCAUCGGCCUCCUCUGGUAAAGGGAAAGGCUGCCAGGGCCAAGUCAAGGUUAGCUAUGGGUUUAGCCUUACAAGAGGAAAGACGAAUCAUCCCAUGGAGGAUUUUCAUGUCGCUGAACUCGCGGAAGUGAAAGGAAAUGAGCUUGGCCUUUUUGCUAUUUAUGACGGCCAUUUAGGAGAUACUGUUCCUGCGUACCUACAGAAAAACUUGUUUCCAAAUAUUUUGAACGAGGAAGAGUUUUGGGCACAUCCGGACAGAGCACUCACAAAGGCUUACGAAAAGACAGACCAGGCUAUCCUGUCGCAUACUCCAGAUUUGGGGCCAGGUGGCUCCACUGCUGUAACUGCCAUCCUUAUAAACGGCAGGAAGUUGUGGGUAGCUAAUGUCGGGGACUCUAGAGCGGUUCUGUUGAAAGGAGGUGAGGCCAUACAGAUGUCAAUUGACCAUGACCCGAAUGCCGAGCGGGGCGCUAUUGAAAACAGGGGAGGUUUUGUUUCAAACAUGCCAGGGGAUGUUCCCAGAGUAUGUGGGCAGUUGGCGGUGUCGAGAGCUUUCGGAGACAGAAAUCUAAAAUCACUUUUGAAAUCAGAGCCUGAUGUAACAGUUGAAGAUAUCGAUCACACUGCUGAGCUAGUUGUCCUUGCAAGCGAUGGAGUUUGGAAGGUCAUGAACAAUCGGGAAGCUGUUGAUUUGGUGAAAAGGUUCAAGGACCCACAAACAGCUGCCAAACAAUUAAUUGCCGAAGCAGUGAAAAGAGAGAGCAAAGAUGAUAUAUCAUGCGUGGUUGUUCGGUUCAAGAUGUAAAUUGACUGCAGGCGACUCGUGAAGGCCACUGAGAGCAAAAAGAGUUAUACGACAUAGCCUGCCUGACAAGGAUAGCGGUAAUCCAAAAAGAAUAAUUCCCUGGGAUGUUGGCUGUAAAUGAUGCGUUAGCUCGAUUGUAAGUUCAUAUAAAAUAUGCUAGUAGAAUUCUUUGUUUGGCGAUUCAGAGGUACAUGUGAGUGUCCAAAGCUGUCGAAAUAGCUUUCUUUUGUAAAUAAUGGUUUGCACAUAUUGGAAGUUCACCUUGCUCCAUUGUGAGGGUCGUUUGCCUA